AUACGACCCGUCGUCGUGCCGAAUUUAGUCGAGCGGGAGAUCGCGAAAAGGCGGGUGCAGUACACAGAGGGCCUCUUCCACUUUGCUGUCGCUGGUGUCGCAGGGAGCGGGAAGUCUUCCCUGAUCAAUGCAUUCCGCGGUUUACGCAACAGAGAGGCUGGCGCUGCUGCGACCGGUAUCACUGAAAUGACCUCUGUUUUCGACAGAUAUCCGGACCCUGACCCUCAGCAGCCUGUUGUUUGGUACGACAUCCCAGGUGCAAACACGCUCAAUAUUCCUGAUUGGCAGUAUUUCAAUGCCCAAAGCCUCUACGUCUUCGACUGCAUCAUUGUUCUCUUCGACAACCGCUUUACGAUGACGGAUAUUGCUAUUCUUGGUAACUGCGCACGGUUCCGUAUUCCCUGCUACAUCGUGCGGUCUAAGGCAGACCAGCACAUCAGGAAUAUGAUGAAGGAGAUGGGGUACAAUAGUGACAAUGAAGAUAGCGAUCCCGGGUUGCGCAACAGGCUUUAUAGGGAGGCACGUCAGCAUUUUAUUAACGAAACCCGGAGGAACGUCAGGUCGAACCUCGAAAAUGCAAACUUACCUGAUAGGCGGGUUUAUAUUGUUUCCAAUGACACGCUCCUGUCUGUUAUCAGAGGAGAGACGCCUAGGAGGGCCAUCGAUGAGAUAGAGUUGCGAAGAGACAUCGUUGAUCACGCGCUAGCUAGGCGGGGAAUUGUGAGCAAUGCGUUACCCUGACUACUUACGGUCAAAUUACAUCUCACCUACAUCAUGUAUUUCAAUGCCAUGCCAUACGUUGGAGUCCUACUUCUUACAAUCUACCAUGUCCCUGUUCUGUUCUUAUUACCGCAACAUCAGAGAUAUGUCAGGGCGUCAAGAACUUAAAGAAAUGGUCGAUGAAGCUGAACGUUGAACUUGUACAUUACCUGUGUCAUGAGACAGUGAUGAGACACUUGGCG